AUGAGGAAGUGUAACGAAUUAUCUAUUGAACUCGAAGAUGUGACUGAGUUAGAUGCCGUAAUAACGGAGUCGAGACUCUCCAAUAAUAUAUACCAGAACAGUAAAGCGAUUGAGCAAAUUCAUAGUCAAAUGAUUAACAUGCAAAAUAUACAAAAUAUAACAGAUAAGCGGUCAACCAUCGCGAACAGAGAACAAUCAGAUACUCAUACAAUUAGUAAACAAAACGAAAUCAGUGAAAACCCCUGUAAUAAAUCAGUUGUUCUACAGGAUGAACAGUUUUGUUUAUCACAUGGGCAUCAAAGUGAUAAACUACAGAGUAAAUUAGUCAGUAACAAUUCUAAUAGUGUUCGUGAUUAUCAAUGUGAGAAUUCUAAAUCAAACUGCAAUACCGUAGAAGCUAAGGUACACCAUGCCACAAGGUCAACCAAUUAGACGGUGUAAAACCAAAACGACGAUACCUAUGUGUUUGGGAAACUUGCCACUAAUUGAGUUACCAUCAUCAAAUAUGCAGAAAAAUAAACAAAGUAAGCUUCCCAAUAAGAAGAAGGUUUACUCGAAGCGAUACAUGCAGGCAUGGCUAUUACGCAAAACGACAAAUUAAUACUCAAUCCCAACGUGGCAUAACUAAAAUCACCGAUCGGAUUCCACUAGACGCUGUGAGUGAAAUUCCCAAGCAUCAAAGGAACCAUCAGACAUCACUCCAUUCCGCUCACCUGACAAAUACUCGACGGCGCCGUUUAAAUCAUCGGCCUCACCCAAAUCACCCCCUUACCCAAACCUUCGAUACGAUCAAAAUUACCGGUCCCAUCAGAAUCAUCGACCUCAUCAGAAUUUCCAGUCCUAUCAAAAUUUCCAGCCCAACCAUCAACCACAACAAAAUCAGAAAGAUUGGUUGAAUUACCUAGAAUUUGUUCAUGGGAUGAUAAGAAAAUAACUUAGCUAUUCCUGUUAGAAUUACACAGAGACAAAAUUAUCACCACUGUAAUUCUAAUAAUAAUACUUCAAACAUUAACUCAAAGAGACGAAGUAACUUGGUACCUAUUAAUUUAACAUCCACAAGAAAGGUUCCUUCGAGAGAGUCGGGUUUUGCUGUUCCUAAGUUUAUGUUCGUCAAUACAUGUAGUUUGGCAAAAACAAAAAAUAGAGUACGAGCUGUAGUUGCACUGGAGGCAGACUUGGUCAAUAACGAUAUAGAUGUAUGUGUGGUGAGCGAGAGUCACCUGAAACCUGAAAUGCCAGAUGCUGUGGUGACCAUUCACAAUUAUUCAAUAUUUAGAAGAGAUAGAAGUUGGGAAGGACGCGAUAUGAGAGCAAAAGGAGGGGUAGCAAUAUAUGUUCGGUUACCUACAGGAAACCGCAUGUCGAUAUAUGGCCUUUAUCACCCACCUAGGCACAAUUAUCUGGAGAGCGACUUAUUGGAUUAUUUGAUAAAUAUUUCUGACGACGUUCUGGACAAAUAUCCAGACACUGUAAUUGUUUGUGGAGGGGAUUUGAACAGUUUGGACAUAAAACACUUUGAGGAACUAUCAUGA